AUGGCCUACGCCAGGACCGACUUGCUCAAACGGCACCUCCUUUGCAACCAUCUGGAGCUGGACGCCAAGGACUCCGACUCUCGGCCGGGCUCGGGGCGGUCUUCCCCAAAAGAGAAGACCACGUCUGAUGUUGCAGAGCGAAGAGAUUCCUCCACAAGCCAGAACAAUUCGCUGCUCGACGGAAACCCCUUCAAGGCGAACGUCAACGGUGCGGAGCCUCCAGCUUUGCACAUGUCCCUGAGUGGUGUCAACAACGGCCUGAACAGCACCAGUCUCUCUCGAUUAGCCACACCAGCGUCCGGUGGAAGCACGACCUCUCCGUUCUCACCCCUUUCACCAUUCGGCCCGACCUUUAAUGCGCCGUCAGCACACUACCGGUUGGGCAAGGAUGGCGACGCGUCGAGUUUCUUGGGUUCGUAUGGUGUCAACGAUGAGCUUUUGGCCAAGCUAAUGCUGGCGGGCACCCCGAGUCACUUAGGCGACGCACCGACACACUCGGCGGCACGCUCCAACGAACUUCUCCAACAUCCCAACGGAGAUGCCGAAACCACGCGUUACGAUCUCGAGCUCUACCUUAAACACUUUGCUCCGCACUGGCCUUGCGUGCACGUCGCGACGCUCGUAGCAUCCACCAGCGCCAUCCAUCAAGACGUCGAUCAUGAUCUGCUGGACGCGAUCACACUAAUCGGUGAUCGCUACAACGCGGAUGGGCUCUCGCCAUCCGUUUCCAGACGGUCGUCCGUAUACAGUCUGGAAGGUCAAGAUACGUCGGAAGUCAGCAUGCUUAGCAGUCGUGCCGUCCAGAGUCUGCAGUCCGGGCCUCAUCAUCUCGACGAGCACACGCUCUCGCGGCGCGCUCAGACGCUGCUUCUGUUGCAACUGUGUAGCCUUUUGAGCCAGAGAGACAUGUCGCGCGGAAGCAUUAUCGAAGCAGCGCACGACUCGCUCAUCCAGGCGGCUCGCCGAAUACUCGUCGUGCAUCAACAAGCCCCCACGCCAUCGAACAUGGGCACGGAGCAAGACUGGGUGCGGUGGGCUCAAUGCGAGCAGCGCGUUCGGACAAUAUGGACGGUUUGUGA